AUGAAAAGCUUCGUUGCCAUGGCGGCGUUCGCCGCCGGCACAAACGCUCUCGUCGGCCGCAAUGACAACUGCUGCUUCCAUCUGACCUCAACCGGAGAUCUUUCCGGAGACCUCGGGCAGAUUGGAGAUGGCCAGGUUCGCAUUGGUGACAACACACUGCCACGAUCAUCCUUCUGCAUUGAUUCCAAUGGUGGAAUCAGCGACUCUUCCGGUCGUGGAUGCAUCAUCACCCCGCCAACUACUCAGUUCCAGUGUGAUGAGGGUGCUACGCCCACCCCUGGCUUCUCGGUCUCGUCUUCGGGCCAGCUGGAGUUCAAUAAUACCGCGGCCUUUAUUGCUUGCCAGACUGGUCAGAAUGAUGGUCGUAAUGUUUAUACUACCAACAGUACUUCGGUUACUGGGUGCUCUAGUAUCCAGUUGAAAGCUGACUCGUGUUCUGGCUCUGGUCCUGGCUCUGGUGGUGCUUCUCCUGGAGGUGGUGCCCCUGGUAGUACUUCGCUUGGCGGUGCUGCGCCGUCUGGUGGUGCUUCCCCGGGUGGUGCUUCUGGUGGAGGUGGAGGUGGUACCCCUGGUAGUACUUCCCCUGGCGGUGCUGCGCCGUCUGGUGGUGCUUCUGGUGGAGGUGGAGGUGGUACCCCUGGUGGCACUUCACCUGGCGGUGCUGCGCCAUCUGGUGGCAUUUCGCCUGGUGGUGCCGCACCCUCUGCUGGUGCUUCUGGUGGGGGUGGAAAUAGUCCAUCCGGUGGCACUUCUCCUGGCGGUGCUGCACCUUCUGGUGGUGCUUCCCCCGGCGGAGAAUCGCCUGGAGGUGGAGGUUCUCCUAGUGGCACUUCCCCUAGUGGUACUUCACCUGGUGGAGGCGGUGGUUCUCCUGGCGGGGGCUCACCCAGUGGUAGCUUCCCUGGUGGCAGCUCUCCAAGUGGCAGCUCUCCUGGCGGUGGAAGUGGUUCACCUGGUGGUACUUCCCCCGGUGGGGGUUCUUCUGGAGGAGAGUGCACAACUCAGGUUUGCAGCUGUCCUGCGCCUAGCGGUGGUUCUCCUGGUGGCAGCUCUCCUAGUAGCAGCUCCCCCGGUGGCAGCUCCCCUGGCGGUGGCAGUGGUUCACCUAGUGGGGGCUCUCCUGGUGGAGGAUCCCCUGGGGGUAGUUCUCCUGGUGGAGGUGGAAGCUCUCCUGGUGGUUCUCCUGGUGGUUCUCCUGGUGGCAGCUCUCCUGGUGGUAGCUCACCGGGUGGAGGUUCGCCUGGCGGAGGUUCUUCUGGUGGUGGUGGAAGCUCUCCUGGUGGUGGUUCUGGCGGCACCUCACCUACCGGAAGCUCGCCAUCUGGCGGAGGUGGAGGCUCUCCCGGUGGUAGUCGCAGUUCUCCUGGCGGCGGCUCACCAACCUCCCGCCCUGCUGGUGGCGUCCAACCCUCUAGCUCCGGUGGUGGCUCGCAGCCAACUGGCACGGCCAGUGUGCCUCCUACCUCCACCUCCACCUCCGGCACUCCAUCCUCCAGCGGCUCCUCAAGCGGCAGCUGCCCUACUGCCCUCUCGGGCAACUAUGAAAAGCCUCACUUGAUUGUUGCCAUUGACUCAUCCUCCCCCGACACCACCGCCGGCACUGGGUCCAAUGGUACCGUGACGUCGACAGUCUCGAGUGUUUUCAACUUCAACAUCCCGGCAUCCGACUCUGGCAAGACGUGCAGUCUGGUCUUCCUCUUCCCCAAGCAGCAGGAUCUUGAGACUUCAUCGUUCACCUUCAGCGGUGAUGGCAAGAUCGACUUUGCUAAGCUUUCUGGUGCUGUGAGCACUUCGACCACGUUGAGCAACCUUCCCCCUGUUGGUCAGAACCUGGGGGUGAUCACUGUUUCUCCGGGCAAUUCGUAUGUCGUUUCGACCUUCCCUUGCCCCGGUGAUCAGAGUGUUGCCUUUGAGAUGAAGAAUGCGGGAAGUACCGAGUUGAACUUCUUUGAGGAUUUCAAUCCUUCUCCACUGGGUCUGUUCAUCACCGUGUGCUAA